GCUCAUGUUCAUGUGCUUUAUGAUGCAAAAUGUAUAGAAUCUGCUUUUUUAUUAUCUGUAUUCACAGACUGACUGACUGGUCUCUCUCAGAGACUCACUGUGAAGUCAUCACCUCAGCUCUGAAGUCCAACCCCUCACAUCUGACACAUCUGGACCUGAGUUACAACAACCUGAAUGAUUCAGGAGUGAAGCUGCUGUGUUCUGGACUGGAGAGUCCAAACUGUCGACUGGAGACUCUGAAAUUGAGGAGCUGCAGUUUGUCAAAGAUCAGCUGUGAUUCUCUGGCCUCAGCUCUGAAGUCUAACACCUCCCAUCUGAGAGAGCUGGACCUGAGUAACAAUGAGCUGCAGGAUUCAGGAGUAAAGCUGCUGUGUUCUGGACUGGCGAGUCCAAACUGUCGAGUGGAGACUCUGAAAGUGGAGAGCUGCAUGUUGUCAAAGAUCUGCUGUGAUUCUCUGGCCUCAGCUCUAAGGUCAAACACCUCCUAUCUGAGACAUCUAGACCUGGGAGGAAACAAGCUGCAAGAUUCAGGAGUGAAGCUGCUGUGUUCUGGACUGAAGAGUCCAAACUGUCGACUGGAGACUCUGAGAUUGAGGAGCUGCAGUUUGUCAAAGAUCAGCUGUGAUUCUCUGGCCUCAGCUCUAAAGUCCAACCCCUCCCAUCUGCGAGAGCUGGACAUGAGACUCAAUAACCUGAAGGAUUCAGGACGGAAGCUGCUGUCUGAUCUGAAGGACAGUCCAUGCUGUAGACUGGAGACUCUGAGGUGGUGGUGAUGAAAGGUGGAGGUACUGAGAGGAUCAGCUGUGUCCUGAUGAUCCAGAGAGGUUGAAGCAGCACCAUCAGCUGGUGGGUGGAGAGGCUCUGACUGGGCCGUGUUACUGGGAGGUGGAGUGGAGAGGAGAGCUUCAUCCAGCAUUGACUGAUGGACCAAUCACAACAAGUGGAGAUGACUGUCAGUGCUGCAUUGUGAACUGCUCUGGGAUCAGCUCCACUGCAACAAAGUCCACCAUCCAGCUCCAGGUGUUGGGGCCACUAACUGCCCUCCCUACUGCCCCCUGGAUUUAACAAGAGCACAAACAAAUCAGUCCAGUCCUAACACACAUUUAGAACUAGAACAUGUUUAUACUUUAACUAUAUUUGUAAUAAACUAUUUUCAUACAUUAAGUUACACCUCAGUAUCUGUGUGUCACGUGUGCAGCCUGACAUUGAACUUGAGGGGAACAUUUUAGAUAGAUAGAUAGAUAGAUAGAUAGAUAGAUAGAUAGAUAGAUACUUUAUUGAUCCCGGAGGAAAUUCAAGCAUCCAGUAGCAAUAACAAACAUUGAACAUACAUUGAAC